AUAGUAAUAUAAUUAUAGUACAGAAUAAUUAUAAUUAUAAUAAAUAUUAGACUACAGUCUCAGUUUUAAAACGAAACCACCUUGUCCUAACAUUCCCAAAAUCUUUCGCCUUCUUAACCGCCAACUAACUACCUCUCUCUCUCUCUCUAUUUUUGUUUCUCUCUCCUCAACAUUCUGACUCUUUCUUUCUCCUCCCCACAUUCACUCUCCCUCCCAAAUUUUCCCACAAUGCUCAACUUCUCUCCUCUUUCCCAUCUCCCAACUUCAACAAAACACUAACUUUUUUUCAUCACACAAGAAAAAAAGAAAGAAAAAUUAGAAAAAAAUGGAUGAUCGCCCCAAAGAUCCCGACAUCAAGGCGCUGGAGGCGCUAUCCAACUCGCCGCCGCGCCGGAAAACCCACUCCUACAGCCAGCAGCUGCGGACGAUGACCGGCGGCCACCACCCCCGCCACGCGAACCACCCCCGCAACCACAGCCUCGACGAGAUCGACAUCCUCGGAGGCGGCGGCAGCGGUGGCGAGGGCGCCGACGACGAGGAAGACUUCUACCGCUAUCCCAUCACAACCGGGAGCGUCGGCGGCGCCGUCGACAUGAUGGAUUACGUCGGGAUGGGGGAGGGCGGCAACGGCUUCGACGACUCGCAGCUGCUGCCAUACCAGCCGCUGCCGGAGUUCAUGGGCAGCGGCGGCGGGGUCGGGGUGUUCAAGGCCCCUACUAGAGCGGCGAUGCACCCCAACCGGCCGCCGUGCCUCGAGAUUAGACCUCACCCUUUGAGGGAAUCUCAGAAUGGAAAAUUCAUAAAGACGAUUGCCAGCACAGACACGCAGCUGUGGGCGGGGCAGGAAUCUGGUGUAAGAGUGUGGAAGUAUUCAGACACAUUCGACCCGGGGUCCUUCACGGGGACAGCAGGGCGAAGGCUACCAAGAGGAGACGAGGAGACAGCCACGUUUCACGAGUCAGCAAGCACGUCUCAGACACUCUGCUUGAUGGUCGAUGAAGGGAGUAAGCUCGUUUGGAGCGGACACAAGGACGGUAAGGUUCGUUCGUGGAAGAUGGAGCAGCAGUUCACCGACGGCAACGCCUUCAAGGAAGGCUUCUCUUGGCAAGCACAUAGAACUCCAGUUCUUUCCAUGACAAUGUCUUUCUAUGGUGAUAUAUGGACUGGCACAGAGGGCGGCAUUAUAAGGAUCUGGCCAUGGGAAUCUCUUGAAAAAUCUCUUGGACUAACGCAGGAGGAGAGACGAAUGGCCGCUCUGCUGGUCGAGAGAUCAGUCAUCGACUUGAGAGCUCAAGUCACUGUUAACGGCGUCUGCAACAUUUCUUCUUCAGAUGUUAAAUAUUUGUUAUCCGACAACGUUAGAGCCAAAGUUUGGGCUGCAGGCUCUCAAAUCUUCUCACUAUGGAAUGCUCGGACAAGGGAGCUUCUGAAGGUAUUCAACAUAGAAGGCCAGAUUGAGAAUCGCGUAGAUGUGCCACAGGAGCAACCGGUUGAAGACGAGGCGAAUGCCAAGCUUGUCUCCAAGGGCAAGAAGGACAAACCGCAGGGCUUCCUGCAGAGGUCGCGCAAUGCUCUUAUAGGCGCAGCGGAUGCUGUCCGCAGAGUGGCAAAGGGGGCAGGGGCUUUGGUCGAAGACACGAAGAAGAUAGAGGCAAUGAUGAUCGCUGCAGAUGGCGUGAUCUGGACCGGUUGUUCCAAUGGGUUGUUGAUCCAUUGGGAUGGGAAUGGCAACCGCGUGCAGGAUUUCACCCGCCACCCUGCUGCCGUGCAGAGCAUCUGCUCCCACGGGGCGAGGGUGUGGGUCGGGUAUGCCACGGGCAACAUCCAGAUACUAGACCUCGAGGGAGGCCUAGUAGCCGGGUGGGUUGCCCACAACGAGCCCGUUAUAAAGCUCGUUGUUGGCCACGGGUAUCUCUUCAGUUUAGCCACACACGGCGGCAUAAGGGGGUGGAACAUAGCCUCCCCUGCAUCCACGGAUAGCAUAUUGCGGCAAGAGCUAUCCGAGCGGUCAGACAUGUACACGAGGCGGGAGAACGUGACCAUUAUGGUGGGGACGUGGAACGUUGGCCAAGGACGAGCUUCUCAGACGGCCCUCAAGUCGUGGUUGGGCUCUGCAGUCUCCGACGUUGAUAUUGUGGUUGUCGGGCUGCAGGAGGUGGAGAUGGGUGCGGGUUUUCUAGCCAUGUCAGCAGCAAGAGAAACGGUAGGGUUAGAAGGGAGCUCUGUGGGGCAAUGGUGGCAAGAUCAUAUCGGCAAGGCGUUGGACGAAAGAUCUGUCUUCGAACGUGUAGGGUCGAGGCAGUUGGCUGCCUUGCUGAUUGCGAUUUGGGUAAGAAAAACCCUCCGGCCCCAUGUCGGGGACUUGGACGUUGCUGCGGUUGCGUGUGGUCUAGGCCGUGCAAUAGGAAAUAAGGGAGGUGUGGGAUUGAGGUUGAGAGUGUAUGAUCGGCUCAUAUGUUUUGUAAAUUGUCAUUUUGCUGCACAUUUAGAGGCAGUAAACAAACGGAAUGCUGAUUUCGAUCACAUUUUCCGAACAAUGACUUUCACCCGGUCUACGCACUUCUUUGGCAACGCCGCUGGUAUGCUGCGAUGCCUCUACUUGUCUUGCUCUCUUCUUCUCUGCAUAUAUUUAUUUUGGCUGCUUUAUUCGUUUGGCUUGCCGUGGCUCCUCAUUUUUGCAGCUGGUGUUUCAUCGGCUAAUCAAGUGCUCAAAAACUCUAAUCAGGGUACGCCUACUAGUCCUGAAGAGGCAAGGCCUGAUCUUGGUGAGGCUGAUAUGACUGUCUUUAAUGGCGAUUUUAAUUAUCGCCUCUUCGGCAUCACUUAUGAUGAAGCUCGGGACUUGGUCUCUCAGCGAAGCUUUGAUUGGCUUCGCGAGAAAGACCAGCUACGAGCGGAGAUGAAGGCCGGAAGAGUUUUCCAAGGGUUUCGGGAGGCCCUCAUUAGGUUUCCUCCCACGUACAAGUUCGAGAAAGGGAAACCGGGUUUAGGAGGUUACGAUUCCGGUGAGAAGAAACGAAUCCCGGCUUGGUGCGACCGAGUUCUAUAUCGCGAUAACAAAGCAGGUACAGCGAAAGAAUGCAGCUUAGAUUGCCCCGUGAUCGCCUCCAUAUCGCAGUACGAAGCUUGUAUGGACGUGAUCGAGAGCGACCACAAGCCCGUCCGGUGCAAGCUCAACCUCGACAUUGCUCAUGUCGACAAGACGAUCCGGAGGCAGGAGUUUGCGAAGAUCCUCGCGACCAACGAGGCGAUCAGGUCGAGCAUCGAGGCGUUGCGCUUCGUGCCCGAGACGUCGGUCAGCACGAACAACAUCGAGCUGCAGAACCAAGACACAUUCAACUUGAAGAUCAGCAAUCGGAGCGCUGAUGAGAGCGUGUUUUACAAGAUUGUGUGCGUGGGACUAUGCGCCAUCAAGGAUGACGUCACCGAGCCCGACUACCGCCCGCGGGGCUCCUUCGGCUUCCCUCGUUGGCUCGAGGUGACACCGGCGGCCGGCCUGAUCCGGCCGGAUCAAGUGGCGGACGUGUCGGUGCAUCACGAGGAGUUCCACAAGUUGGAGGAUUUGGUCGAGGGAGUUCCACAAACAUGGUGGGCUGAAGACACCAAGGACAAGGAGCUGAUCUUGGUGGUGGCGGUGCAAGGCAGUUGCUCGACCGACGUAAAAACGCACCGUGUAAUUGUCCGGCACCGCUUCAGCGGGAACGCGAUUCGGAUAGAUCAGAGAAGCAAUCCUGCAGCCAAUAAACAAGAAGGCAGCUCGCACCAAAAAUCGUUUUGAGAUAGCUGAGGUUUUUCAAACCCUAAAAUGCCAGCAUCUGCAGUCGAAUCUGAGAUCUUUGGCCUGGCUACAAUGUGCGUCGUUCUCGCCUAAUUUCGUGUCGAACGACUUGCAUAAUCAUCGUGGUUGCUAAGGAGGUCAUGUCAGCAUUGUAUUGUUUGAUGGCACAAAUCUAAUCACAAGGUACAUAUUUGUAGAAAUGGAUAGGCAAAUAGGAAAUUCUUUUAUUUGGUAUAUAUAGAAAUAUAUAGAAUUAAUUGAUCAAGUCCAUUUUGUGAUCGGAUAUUUUAAGGUUUGGAUGCUAUAAUUGAAGAUGAUGGUGUGGAUCUCAAA